AUGAAUUCGACCAGGCCUGAAUCCCUUAAAUUCGAAUUAAUUAUCACCAUGCAUGAAAGUGACCCAUACACUCAACCAAAAAAAGUGUUAAUCAACCGCAAAGCUGUGUCGGAUGAACGACGGUUGGACGAGUUGUUCGGUGAUCUCGAAAUCCGCGAUCGCACCCCAUCCCAAUUAUUGCGUCACACAAGGCAGCUCCUUGGUUCCAGAGUUCUUGAUGACGCAAUCCUCCGCCAGCUUUGGUUGAAGCACCUUCCUCCACGCAUCCGUGAAGAUUUGUCUGUCCUCUCCAACAGUUUGUUGGAUGAAAUGGCACAGGCGGCGGAUAAAAUGUUCGAAGCAAACUGUGGUGAUCCAGAAUUCCGUGACCGCAAUCCAUUCACGACUAGGUACAGUUUCAUGCCAUCCAAUCACCGUUCAGGAAGCUCGAUCAAUGGUACACCGGGCGAACAUGACAUCCGAGUUAGCACAUAUGAUACGUCGGUGCAAACGGCUAUGUGA